GCUUUGGCAGUGUCUCCUUUUCUUCCACAGAGUGUGUCUUGUCUUCUUCUUCCUCCUCUCGAUAGGUUGUGAACCGCAAAAACCCCAAAGAUGUCUGAAAAAAAAAUGACUUCCAGCCGCAGGCAUCACCUCAAGAGCCUGAUCCUGCAGAUCGCUCAGACCUGGCUUGUACAGGAGACCAAGGACCUGGUAGUGUCCAAGGAGAACUAUAUGGCCGAACACUGUCCCGCCGCGGAACUCGCUGGAGACCAGGCUGCCCUCAUGGAGACCUGCAAGAAGCUUGCAGCCCUCAUUGACCAGAUUGAUGAGGAGAGGUACGACAUCGAGGCCAAGGUGCAGAAGGCCGAUAAAGAGAUUGAAGACCUGAAGAUCAAGGUGGUCGACCUGGCCGGUGUGAAGAAACCCGCCCUGAAGAAGGUGCGCAUGUCUGCUGACACCAUGCUGAAGGCUCUGCUGGGCUCCAAACACACGGUCAACAUGGACCUGAGGGCCAACCUGAAGCAGGUCAAGAAGGAGGUCAAAGAGGAGCCUACAGAAGCGGUCGGGGACUGGCGUAAGAACAUCGAGGAUAAAGCUGACAGGAAGAAGAUGUUCGAGACCUCCUAAACGCGUCGCUGCCGUUUGCCUUUCUGUUUGUAUGAACUCCACUACGUGUCUUAUUAUGUGUCAGUUUGAAGCGGGACGGUCUGAGGGGCGUGUCCGAGAGGACCCGCUCUGUUUGAGGAUUUCCUUUCUUCUUCUUUUUAGUGUUCUAUGUUGUUUUGUUUUGGAGGAGGGGGGGGGGAGUGUGGAGAGUUUCUGCAGGUUCACACACAGGACGCACAACAACAAGUCUUAAAACUCCACACAGGGAGGAAAACAUUCACAUCCAAACUGAAUCAUCAUGUUGAACAGAAACAAUAAAGUCUACGUGGAAGAAAACGAG